GAUACUAACUGUCAUCAGUUCUAACCUUAAGGGUGUCGAUGUCAAAAUGCAGUACAUGGUGUAUACAUUUUAUUACACGGGGAAUGACCCUGAAAUCUCAAGUGCCUUAUUUGGGUCAAAGUUUAUGUCUGAUUCUUCCACAGUAAGGCGUGAAUGUGAAUCAGCAUUGUAGACAUUUAGUUAGAACUGAACUGAGCAGAAAUGAAUAGUCACUGUUUUUUUUUUUUAUUGGAGAACAAUAGUUUGAGUAGCUUGCCCUUUUGUCAGUGGUGACUUGUUUUUUGGGGUUAACGUGUCCGGGAAGGAUCAGUUCCUGAGUUACAUUGUUAAAAUGGUCUACGUGUGGACUAGACCGCUGCUGUGAAGUGACGGUGAUGUGGAGCCGAGUAGAAGUACUCGACAGCUGAGACAAGCCUGAGUUGUUUUGUUGAGCUAAUCUUUGCUCUGCACCAUGAAGUCUCCAGAAGGAUUAUCCAUGAGCUCCGACUUUCCGCACUACAGUUUCAGAAUGCCAAAUAUAGGGUUCCAGAACCUUCCUCUUAAUAUCUACAUCGUGGUGUUUGGGACGGCCAUCUUUGUGUUCAUUCUCAGCCUACUCUUCUGCUGCUAUUUGAUCAGGCUACGACAUCAGGCACACAAGGAACUUUAUGCCUACAAACAAGUCAUCCAAAAGGAAAAGGUCAAAGAGUUAAAUUUACAUGAGAUCUGUGCUGUGUGCCUGGAAGAGUUCAAACAGAAAGAUGAGCUGGGGAUUUGUCCGUGCAAGCACGCUUUUCAUCGAAAGUGCCUCAUCAAGUGGCUGGAGGUGAGGAAGGUGUGCCCGCUGUGCAACAUGCCAGUGCUGCAACUUGCCCAGCAGGCGGGCAGCAUGGAGCCCACACAACAGCCCCUGCCUGGCAUCGAGAACCUUGUGUAGGGACACAUGGGUGUUCCUACACAUCACCACACUCACAGCAACACUGGUCUGACUGAGUGUGAGCCCGGACUGAAGCGACACAGUGCUCUUCCCAUCACAGUGCUUUAGUUCACUAAGGAUUUCCAACACCAUCCCUCAGAGUUUUUUUUUUAAUUUUUAUUCCUUUUUUACAUGGACGAUGAAGAAGAGCUGAUUAAAAGAAGUCUUCUUGUUGGCCGGCACGGUCAAUAGUGUUUCAUAACCAAAGCACUUUUCUGGGGACACCAGCUAAUGACCAGGAGGAAAGAACACAAAAGCCAAGAACUACAUACACAUUUUAAUUAGCACUUUAAGACAAGUCGAACCUUAUAAUUGCUAGUGAAAGUGGUAACCAAGGUAUGUUUUUAUUUCUUUGUAUAAUACAGAACCACAUUGGUUAAACUAUUACUUUCAAGAAAAACGUCAAGGGGACAGAAAAGUUCAGUUCUUUGUGAGUGGCACAAAACUGACAAAAUGUGAUGAGUUUGAAUGUGAGACAGGACAGGCUUUCAACACUACACUCGUUUAAAAGUUUCACAUCUUAUUUCUAUACACUGUGGUGAUCUAAAAUGUGACUGUUGUUUUUCAUCUGUGUUUUAGAUGACACAUUGAACAAAUUCUAUUUUGGUAAGAGAACGACUCCUCAGGAGUGAUGUGCAGUACAAAAAGAAUGUCGUUAGCAAGGCAAUGUAGUAGAUUAACAAGAAGUCAAAUACAAAAUGAUUAUAGUGGCAGAUAUCAAAACCAUGUUUUGAAGUUUAUUUGCCUUAUGCUUUAUGUCUGUGUAUCUCCAUAAUAAAAGAGCGAUACAAAUCUGCCAACUGGACAAAAAGUUGUAGGAGUGAAGACGCUGCUCAUCCAAGCGGCUUCUUGAGUUUUGAACUUCAGGGCUGAAGAAGCGGCUUGGAUGAGCAGCAAACAGAUUUGAAUUGUUCUUAUACUUUAUCUACAAAUGUAUUUACAAAGCAACUCCCCACAAGCAUAAGGAAACAUGUCUGUGCUCAAGUGUUUAAAUUCAUACAUGAAUACUUAAAUAUCCAUCUAAAUCUGCCCAGAAUGAUGUCGAUCAGUUGCACUUUUUUGCUUUCUGCUUGUCUAUAUUUAUUAUGUAUUUAUUUUUAAUUUUGUGUUACAUGGGGCGUGCCCAUUGUCACCUACACCAGAGUCACUGCCUGCAUAUCACUGCACUUGGUCAGCAUAUCUUUUGGCUAUGUAAGUGAACCAGGCCCUGUCCCGUCCAUUCUGCCAGAGUGCCAGCAGUCAGCAGGUUGAUAAAGGCCUUUUGGUUUGUACAAUUGUGGUGCUGUCUCUUUGGUGCACGGUGGUUUUGCUCCACCACAUAUUACAGCUACUGCUACUGCUACUGAAUCCUGUCUUCUUAAUAGCAGAUUUGACAUGGUGAAUAUUGUUUGGGUAAUAGAAGCCAAAAUACAAAGUGAUCUGAUGAUAAUAAAGGCACAGUCUCCAGUCAGAUUUUCAGAAAUGGCUAAAAGUAUGUGGUCACCCUUCAGCUAUUUACUGUAGUAUUUCAAGUUCUUUUAGUCUUAAUUACAACCAAAAAAGUUGAUUAGACCAUUAAAUACAUUGGCCCUUAAUACAUCAUUGUGAUAUCUUCAAAUACGUGUGCCUUUUUAGCCUUUUACAUGGUCAGAGAUCAUAUUUGUUUUGAAUCAUAGUAAUUAGGACAAUGUUGAAAAGCCCAUGAGAGCAUAUCGUGUUGAAUAAUCCCUAAGAGCACCCGUGUGCAGUCCUUUUUGUGCUACAACUUGUUACAACAAAGAAAUUGUUGCUAUUUUGAUUUCAAAGACACUUGUUCUUGAAAAUAGCCUCAUCUUAACAAAUACUACAGGGUCAUCAUAUUCACAUGAAAUACAGCAAAAACUGAUAUCACGCUUUGAGGCUUCUGAGAAGGACAGAUAAUGGGCUUUCAUCAUGUAAUAUGGUAAAAAGCAUCACCAUGUACUCCAGUAAUCUGAUUUUAUUUUUGGCCUUGAAAUAGUCCUGCAUUGGCUUCUAUUUGUUUCUGAAUGUGUAGAACAUGUAGUUUAAAGGUAUAUGAUAUAAAACAAGCCUACCACUUUUAUCACAUUUCAUCAGUGUAAAGUAGACAGCUGCAUCAGUCGUGGUGUUUCGACACAGUGCUUAAGUGUUUGAUUGUUAACUGCAUCUCUCCCCGUUCUGUUUUUUCCUCCAUGUUUACCGUCCACCACUUCGUUAAAAGUGCCAAUCUAAAAACUCUUAAAAACAACUGUUAGGAUUUAAUGCUCCUGCCAUUUGAAAACAUCCUAGUAUCACAGCUAACCCCAGAGACAGGCAAAUAAAGAAAAAGAAUGGUAGCGAGGCAGUCAUGACUAGUAAUGUCCUCUCUUACUGAUAAAUCUCCAUUGACGUCAGCGCUGCUCUUGAGUUAACUCCUUUAUAAAUAGACUAGACACGUCCAUAGAAAACGCGACAGUCAAAUCCACAUCAAACAUUGACUCAGAGCAGUUACAAUGGCAUCACUUGUGAGUCUCACUGCCUCCCCGUGUCCUCCCUCUCCUGCUCUGUACUGUUAUUUAUUCCUGUGUAUUCUUGUAACAUUACUCUUCUAAUCCUCUCUCUACCAAGACCUCGUUUGUUAACACUGAUUCUGUUUGUGAGCUCUCACAGACAUUGUUUAUAAAACUAAGAAUUCUGCAGCAGAAUAUUUUUGGAAAUUUCUGUACAGUAUUUGUAAGCUCUAUUUUUGUAUAUUGGAAUUUUGGAGAAAAUAAUAUUCAUUAUUUUUUUUCUUUUUUGUUUAGCUAAUUUCAUGUUUAUUCAUUUGAAGAAAAUGUUGCAUGUGACUGACUUGAACUGUAAAUAAAGUUUCCACUAUUUGGAAAAGAACAAAGUA